AUGGAAUCCCAUCGUGAAGAACAAGCGGUGAACAGAAGCAACACUGACUCUGUCAGUUUUUUGGGGCCCAAAAGAACACCUGAAAUGGAUGAUUCCAUGCUUGAAGCUUCUGUUACUGAGAAAGAACACGACAGUUCGUUCUUAUCCAAUACCAGUCUUCAAAGAAUGCGUUUCCUAAGUCAAAGUAUCAACGAUAUGAAAUUACUACGUGAACAACAACAAGUUCGUCAUGAAGAAAUAGAAAAAAUUCUUCAAGAUGAUUUUCUUGAUGAACACGCUAGACGGCUGCAAGACGCCAGGAAUAAGAUUAAAAGCCUCGAAGCGAAAUAUCAACUGCAUAAACGUACAGGGUUAAUGCAACAGAAAAGACGAUCAGGUAACGGAACAGGAAACACUGCUGAGAUUUUUGGUGUGUCCUUUGACUAA